AUGAGCAGGCAUAUCUGUUGGAUUUGUAAGCUAUGCAGAGCUGAAUCUAAGAGGUUCCCCUCAAACCUUACUUUAGAAGAGGUUUUAGGAUGGGCCCAAUCUUUGGAAAGUCUGAUGGCUACAAAAUAUGGUCCAAGAGUAUACACAGCAUAUUUAAAAUUGGAGCACAGUGACGAGAACAUUAAAUUCUGGAUGGCAUGUGAAACCUACAAGAAAAUUGCCUCACGGAGGGGCAGAAUUUCUAGAGCAAAGAAGCUUUACAAUAUCUACAUCCAGCCACAGUCCCCUAGAGAGAUUAACAUCGACAGUACAACAAGAGAAGCUAUCAUCAAAAGCAUUCAAGAACCCACUCAAACAUGCUUUGAAGAGGCUCAAAAGAUUGUGUAUAUGCAUAUGGAAAUGGAUUCUUAUCCCAGAUUUUUGAAGUCUGAAAUGUACCAAAAACUUUUAAAAACUGUUCAACCCAAAAGCCCUUGAGUGCUACCCAGAAGUUCAAACGGAAGAUGGCACAUUGCAAGUGUUAACUUAAAUUUAGAAAAAAAUACAAAAUGAGAAUGAAAGGAGAAAUGAAACAGAAUUCAAGCCAUAAAUUGAUUUCUAGUUCCCAAAUGAAAUGCAUUCCAAAUAUAAUGAGCUCGCAAAUACUGCAGCACAAUUUAUAGCAUACUUACAGAGAGGAAUUAACAGAGAAGGAAAAGAAGCUAGCUUCAUCAUACAAACACUAUAACAUUUUUACUAGACGAGGCAACUCAUGAUCUUUUCUCAUUAAAGAAAUUUAGCAGCCAUAGCACAGACAACUUGUUUUAAAACCCUUGCUCUCUAAAUUAUGUCUCUAUGUAUUCUACAGAUAUGCUCAAAAUAACUUGAAUUAGUA